AUGGGGACGCACCACCAACCCCCAUGCCCACCCCCCACCACCGCCUGCCCACCCGGCCCACAAGCCACAGCCGCUGUCCCCCGUCGGAGCAGGCGACACCCAGCUACAACCUACGCCAGAGCGCAGGGCGGAUACCCAGGCAGAGAAGCGAGGGGAAGGCUUAAGCAAGAGAACGCUGAGGAGUCACCGUGGGGCGACGCGAGAUCGAGCCCCCCCUCUCCACUCCCACGGCUGGCAGCCCAGGCAAAGGGGAGGCCACGCACUGGGAGCCACGCCAUAGAGAAAAAAUCACCGGCCACAGGGCAGGGGAAGCGCCAGGGCCCUGAUCAACCCCCGCCCCAGACCACCCGCAGCGCCCCCGCACCCACCCAGCCCUCCCCCCACCACCCGAGCACCUGCCCCGCACCACGCACAGGCGCCACACCAAGCGCCGGAGACCAGGGGAUAUCCACCCGACUGGCAACAAGCCCCACCUCAGGCCCCGCCGACGACCCCGACAACAGAUGGGCAGCGACAGCCGCCGCGGUCCCAUAG